CGAAUUGGGCAUGAGAGCGAGAGCGACACUUGUUGAGAAAUAUUGUGUGACUGAUAAAAUAAUAUUUAGUUUUUUUUUUAUAUUUUUUUCAACAAUUGAUCUUUAAUUUUCUUCCAAAAUUUUAUUUUAGACUUUUUUUUCAUUUCCUUUCCUUUUCCCUUCCAACACCCUCGUUCCAAAACCCAGGCUUGCACUUGCAUUCUGUUUUUCGAAUCCUCACUGCCGAAAAUCAUUCAUUUUCCCCAAUUGUUCAGGAAGAAAGCAUGUCAUUCGUAGUACUUAAAAGAUCAUGUAAUAAAUAUUCAUUUAUCUCUCAAAACCCUAGAAUCAGAAAACCCCUUGUUUCAUUCCUAUUUCGUUCUUUUUCCGAACCCCAAACCAGAACGAUAUACUCACAAUCUCACCAUUUACUCGGUUCAAAUCCAAAUAACCCUUCGUUUCCAAUUUGGGCUGUUUUUCAAUCUCGUUUUUUUUCAAGUUCGGAUUCAAAAUGCUUAGUUCUGGGUUCUAAGAAUGGCUUUUUGAAGAAAAAUAUUUCUGGGUUUUGUGGUUGUCUGCUUCGAACAGGGAAAAGCACUUCUGGGUCUCAUGAAUUUGUUGUUCCAACAAGUUGGGUUCGGUUUUUUGGUUCGCAGGCCGCCAUUGAACCUUCAACCUCUGACGGUCUCACUGUCGAACGCAUUAUUUCAAGUCAAUGGGCAAUUCAUGAUGAGAGUGAGAGUGAUUGGAAGAGUCAUGCUUCUGCAAUUGCUCAAUCCAUUCACCUAAUCAAAAAACGUUUACAGUGGAAGAAAUUGUUAGUUAGGUUGGAGAUGUUAUCGGUGCAGCUUAAUAAGCCGGAUCUCUGGGAUGAUCCCAUUAAGGCGGGGAAGAUAAGCCGCGAGCAUGGCUCGCUUAUGGGCAAAAUGAAGGAGGUGAAAUCAUUUGAGGAAGAACUGCUUGAGCAUAUUGAGAUGAUAAAGCUUGCUCGUGAAGAGAAUGACACACAGUUGGAGUCGGAAUUACUUAACGCUUUACUAAGAAUGAGAAGAGAUUCAAAGGAGAAAGAGCUUGAAGCUUUGUUAUCUGGGGAGCAUGAUUCUUGUUCUUGUUUCAUUGAGGUCCAAGCUGGAGCUGGAGGUACUGAAAGCAUGGACUGGGCUUCUAUGGUCAUGCAAAUGUACAAAAUGUGGGCUCAAAACCGUGGAUAUGGAGUUACUGUAGUUGAUGAAAUGCCUGGUGAGCUUGCAGGAAUCAAGCGGGCAACAAUCAAAGUCGAUGGUGAAUAUGCAUUUGGAUAUGCCAAAGCAGAAGUAGGAGUGCACAGAUUGGUGCGUAUCUCACCAUUUGAUAGCAAUAAACGACGGCAUACUUCAUUUGCUGCUGUGGCUGUAAUCCCAAUCCUGGGUGAUGCUUUUUCCCAUGUUCAAAUCAAUGAAUCUGAUCUUCGCAUCGAUCGAUACCGUUCUGGAGGAGCUGGUGGUCAGAGUGUCAACACAACUGACAGUGCUGUGAGGAUAACUCAUAUUCCUACUGGAAUCACUGCUUCUUGUCAAAAUGAAAGGUCGCAACAUCAAAACAAGGCUUCUGCCAUGGCUGUACUUCAAUCUCGGCUAGAUCAGCUUGAGAUGGCUCGCCAGGCUCAGAUGAAUGCACAACAUACACAAUCUCUUACUGAUAUUAGUUGGGGCAACCAGAUACGCACUUACGUGCUUCAUCCAUACCGUAUGGUCAAGGAUCUUCGGACUAAUUACGAGGUAUCAGACCCUGAUUCUGUUCUCGAGGGUGAUCUUGAUGACUUCAUCUUGCACUUUUUAUCAGUUUCCUUGGAUAAAGAUGAUCACAUGUAAAAAGUUCAGAUUUUAGCAGUACUCUGCACAUCUACAGGAAGUUGAUUACAUGCUGCAUGGUUCGAAUGUAACUUGUGAUCUCAGUAAAAAGCUCAUGAUCCCAUUCUAGUUUUCCAGAAUUUUUGACUGGUGGGAAAAGCAGUAGCAGUUACAAGUCAUAUCAGCAUAGGUUCUACAUUACUAUGAUGAAAGGAUGGGAUUGUUUUCGGAUUGUAGAGAACAUAGCAUUUGAUAUACUAGUGAAAGGCGGGAAGUAGUUAUUCUGCAUUUUUUUUCUCACUGAUUGAGAUAAACAAUAAUUGUUCUUUGAAAUCUUAUUAUUGUCGGUACUAUUUUGUAAUGUAGUUUGUUUGGCUAAA